AUGCCGAGCCCACAAAAACUCUCGCGAAGAAACCUCUCCUGCAGCCAGCAAGCAAGGGGUCUUGACACUCUGGCUGCGAAGGAGAACCAAAACCCCCCACCCGAAAUACAGCGCAACAAAAACCCCGACCAACCAACAGAUGCCCAUGAUUUUUUCGAAGCGGCUGUGAAGCGGCCCCUUGACUGGACAGGUGUUUGCUGCUUAGAUUCCGGCAAGAAGUUCAGCGGCCUGAUCUCAGACACUCUGAGGCAGUACCCGCACUCACAGAAUGUCAGCAGCUCGCCUGCCUUCAUCAGAAGCGGCGAUCGCAGAGACAUCGAAGUCUUAGACCGCACAGGGAGCCUUUCAGCGACAAGAGCAUGCAGGCCUCUGCCUAUGCAGGCGGUUGCAAUUCCUGGCUACCGUGGUCACAUUGCAGGGAAGGUUUCCGAGAACCUCCAUGGAGGCACCUUCGGGUCCGAAAACCAGCUGGCGACACAGUCUCUUCCUUUGAGGUCCAUGCGCAGGACGUGGUCGGAGCCGUUCCGAGCUGUGAAGCACGACGCUGCCUUGGGAACUGGCAGAGGGAUGGAGGUGCCGCCGCGGCUUCCAGGCUAUAGUGGGACAAUUCCGGGCAAGCUGUCUGAGACGGUGCACGGCAUGCGCUUUGCAGAAGCGAGCGAGUCGGCUCAGUCUUUACGGGCCUACAACCCGCAGGUCACCAGCGAUGGCUGGCUCAAGCGUGGGGUCUGGCCAGUUGACCGGAUGCACACAUACCAGUGGAACAAUCGCUUCGUGCAGACGGGCGGCCAGGCCCUGUUCUCACCCAUGCAAGAUUUCGAAAGCCUGGAGAUGAGCCGCAAGAUGGGCACCACAUUCGGCCUGCACCCGCCGCAGCCCAAUCCGCACAAACCAGGCGACCGGUAUAUUCACUCCAAGUUCGAGAAGAAGAAGGAGUCGCGCUUGGACCCCUCCAAAGUCCCAGCUGCGGGUGCAUCGACGUACUCGCAGAUCCUGGAGGGGCAGAGGUGGAAGAUGCACUACUCGUUGCAGUUGCAGACGGGUUGUCAGAGGAUGAGCUGA